GGAUGUAGAGCAGAGCGCAGUGUGUGUGUGUGUGUGUGACAGAGCUCUGAGCCAGACGUCCUUCAGGAACGCUGAGGAAACUCAUUCUUUGUGAUUGAAGAUCAUGCUUUUCUGAAGGGAAUGAACGGGUAGACGCGGCGUUUGGAUGCAGGAACAUGAGGGAGAGAGAGAGGGCACCAGCAGUGCCCAGGUGGGUGUUCUCGCAGCGGGACGGGGCAGUGAGACGAGCGGGGCUCCGGUCGAGGACAUGCAGGCGCUGUCCAUCACGUCUCUCUCCGCCUCAGAGGUAGAACAGCAGUAUGAGCUGAUCGCUGCUUUGGGAAAGGGCACCUACGGCAAAGUCGACUUGUGUGUGCAUCGGACACAGGGAACUAAACUGGCUCUGAAGUACGUGAGUAAGAACAAGACGAAGCUGCGUAGUUUCCUGCGCGAGUACAGUCUGACGGCGGCUCUGGGCUGCAGUCCGUUUAUCAUCAAAGUCCUGAACGUCCUGUUUGAGACGGAGGACAGCUACGUGUUCGGCCAGGAGUACGCGCCCGCGGGAGACCUGUUCGACAUCAUCCCGCCUCAGGCCGGCCUGCCGGAGGAGAUGGUCAAACGCUGUGUUCAGCAACUGGGUUUGGCUCUGGAUUUCAUGCACAGCAAGAGUCUCGUCCAUCGUGACGUCAAGCCAGAAAACGUUCUGCUUUUCGACCGCGAGUGCCGGCGUGUGAAAUUGGCAGAUUUGGGAAUGACACGGCGGGCGGGCAGCCGGAUCAAGCGGAUCAGCGGCACCAUCCCAUACACUGCCGCCGAGGUGUGCCAGGCCUCGGUUUCGGAUGGCAUCGUCGUGGCGACGACCCAGGACGUGUGGGCUUUCGGAGUUCUGCUCUUCUGCAUGCUCACGGGAAACUUCCCAUGGGAAGCGGCGUUGCCUAGCGACGCAUUCUUUUCCGAAUUUCAGCGCUGGCAACGGGGGGCGUGUCCUCCAGGAGCCGUUCCCUCCCAGUGGAGGCGUUUCUCUGACGAUGCGCUACGCAUGUUCGGCCGGCUGUUGGCGUUGGAGCCGGAGCGACGCUGUGGCGUUAAAGAGGUGUUUUACUUCCUUAAAUACGACCUGCUGAAUCAUCAUCGCCGCAGAGCGUCCUGUAGGGCCCCGAGGGGAGGAGCCUCACGUUGCUCCGCCCACAGACACACAGAGCCCUCCCCCCCUUCAGGCACUUCCUGUCUACGCCCCACCCCCCUCAAACGUAGCAUCCUGUCCGAACCACAUUCCUCAAGGGAAGAGUCCUCCAAAAGCCCGUCGCCCAACCGCCAAGACAAGAGCAAAGUGAUGAUGACCACUCCUAUUGAGAUUUGUGUAUGAAGACAACACUGGGUCUCUAAGUGUACGGGUUUCACUGGACGGCCGCGAAACUUGUAGCAAUAUUACUUCAGGAGAACUACUGGAAAAAACGUUUGCACAAGAAUGACAAGAACGCCGUAGGUUAUUAAGAACUAGCAAAACUAUUACUCUGUGACUCUGAAACCUCACUAAUUUAGAGGAA